AUGACGCCUUUACUCAACUCCUGCCGAAGUGGCGGUGGUGCUUUCCAAGAAGCUGCGGGAAACCGGUUUUAUUCCUUUUCGGCAGUUUCCACGAUUCAUCGCGCACCACCGCUUCCUACGCACGUACUAGCACCUCCCGCUAGAAGCGACCAAGGAAUGGGAAAACGGCGGCUCAGCAUGGGCGGGACUGAUGCUGUCCUGGCGCAGCUGAGGAGAACUUUCUUAUCGACGCCAUCAUCUUCAACCUCGUCGUCGUCUAGUAGAAGUACACACGCACGAGCAUUUGCGACUGGUGCGUUAGAUCAUGGCUUGGACAGACAACAUGUUGCGCCGCGUGCCAAGAAACUACAGCAAGAACUACAUGGCCUUGAACUACAACCUGAAAGGGAACAAACCGGUCAAAGAAAAUCUAAAUCAAGUUCACGACAACAUCAACUGCGCCAUCCAGGUGGCCAUUUUCUCAACUACACACAACAGCAACAUAACUGUUCCCGCCGGUAUUUCGGCACGUCAGCAGGAGGAUCAGACGAGACAACUGCUGGAAACACGACGGAGGGCGGCAAACCCAAACCUCCUGUCACCGACUACUACUCUCUGCUAGGACUUCCGCGCAAGUACCUUCUGACCUCAACCGAGCUUGACCAGGCUUUUCGGGAAACGCAGAAGCGGCUCCAUCCCGACAAAAUCGCCCAUCUGGCUAAGGAUGCGGCGGAGAAGGCCCGACUGGAGGACCAGAGCAGUUUGGCAAACGAGGCCGCGCGGGUUUUGCGGUCCCCGCUUGAGCGCGCCAAGUACUGGCUGGAGCUGCACGAAGUGCCGACGCUUAAAGAAAGCCAGCGCAUCCAAGACCCCGCACUGCUGGCGGAAAUGAUGGACUUAUACGAGGAGCUGGACGACAAUGCGGCCGACGCCGAGAUCGUGGCCAGAAUGAAACAAGACAACGACCAGGCGAUCGCAGCAGUCGUUUCGACUAUCGACCGGCUCAUUCAAGCGUCGGACUUUGUCGCGGUGCAGAACCAAAUGGAAAAGCUCUCGCUUCUCAACCGCCUUGCGGAAAAGUUGCGCGCCGUUGAAGACGCGGCGGAACGGAACGGGGAAGCAGAAGAACGAUGACCAACAUGGGAGAGUGACAAUAUUUGCUUCUGUGCCGCCGCUUCGAGAGCGUCAACGAUAAAUGAAAUUUUUUCAGGUUCUUCUGAUGUCUGAAGGUGAACGCAUUGGCAAUGAGUUUCACUCACGCGACAAACAAUCUCGAGUCCGCGACUUGGUCGCACAUAUCAUGUGUCUACAGCGACAAAGUUACAAGUGCUCGUGCACGAU